AUUUUCGGCUUGGAUGCUUCAACUUACCUCUCCUGCAACUUUAACAAACCAUACCUACUCAUCCAUAACCCUGUGAACUCAACAACAUUAUAUUGUCGUACUUAAAUUUACAUUCCGCUCAACAUUCCGAGACUUAACUGUCGUCUAACAUAAUUCCCAGGUUCUUAAAGCUGAGAACUUAUUCUUUCUCUUGGAUAACCACUGUGUUUCCAUUCAUCAUUGUCUCGGUAAGUCUAAGCACUUCAAUUCUAUUCUUAUUUGAAAAUCAUCCACUAUACUAUAUCAUUAUCUUGUGCGGAUCAAGUAGAUUCAAAGACCUUUACAGAUAUAAUUGUCUUAUACUAUUGUACCAAAGAAUCCAAAGAACUUGUGCCUCCAUAUUGUCACUCAUAGGUAUGGUCACAUGAUCCUUUAUUCUCUUGACUUACUGAUUCACUUCGACCAUAAGUCAUCGUGGAUUAUCAAAGAUAAAGUGCUGCGGGGAUCUAUUCAUCAAUGAAUAUUUAUGGCUCAUCAAAUCAAUCAUACAUCUCAUCCUUUGGCAGUCAUCAUAUCCCCUGUUGUAGUGUACUGGAUCCAUCCACAAGAUCCAGCUUUACUUUCCUAUGAUCAUAUUGCUCAAUUAUUUUGUACUUGACAAAAUUUGAUUUCUCUAUCAUUUUGCUUCUGCAUAAAGAUUUAGUAAUCUUCUGACGACUCAUAGUUUCUUAGCCUGUACCAGAGAGAUCCUCUAUUUUCACGGUAUCACCAAAGACCACGGUAUUUCAUUCUUGCAGACUCUCCUAGCUGAUAUAUUAAAACUGCCCUUUUUUUAAAUUAAAAUCGCAGCCCCGUGGCUACAUUUGUUUCGGGAAACUCAUUUCCGAUACCUACUGAGCAUCGGUUCUGUUAACGAAUCGGUCAGCUAGUAAUGGACUCACUCGAACCUCCAUUGCUGCAACCGAGCAGCGAUUUGGUUAUGCAGCUACAUGAUAAUCUCCAUGGGACAGGCAUUAACGGGAUGUUGCCAAACGGCAACGAAAAUGUUUUUGUUGACCCUAGAGUCUUAAUCUCUACAGAAGAUGUAGAGAUUGCCUAUGAUGAUCUUGAAGCCGAGGAUGAGAUGGACUCGUCAUCAUCAGAGGAUACAAAGAUUAUAGCUACUCCACGCCAAGCAUAUCUACCUACAGGGUGUUGUUAUGACGAUCGAAUGAAGUUGCACGCCACCGGGGACUUCUCAGAUAAUACGCCGCAUCCAGAAGAUCCUCGACGAAUAGAAGCAAUAAUGAGGAUAUUCAAAGAGGCUGGCUUGCUAUACACUGGUAGUCCAGAAGAUGCUGAUAGGAUCCUCAAGGAGUCACCUACAAAGUACAUGUUACGUAUUCCAGCCAGAGUAGCAAGCAAAGACGAAAUUUGUACGGUGCAUUAUGCAGGACACUUUGAAUGGGUUGAGUCUUUAGCAAAGAAAACAUCCGAAGAUUUGCGUGAGCUAAAUAAGAUAAUGGAUGCCGGUCGAAAGUCCCUAUACGUUGGACUUUGUACUUUUGAAGCUGCCUUAAUCUCCGCGGGUGGUGCCAUAGAAACUUGCAAAAAUGUUGUCGAGGGACAUGUAAAAAAUGCCAUUGCCGUCAUUCGACCACCUGGACAUCAUGCAGAAGCGAACGAGUCGCUAGGGUUUUGUGUUUUCAAUAACGUACCUGUCGCUGCUAAAAUCUGUAUGCUCGAUUAUCCGAAGUUAUGUAGGAAGGUAUUAAUUCUGGAUUGGGAUAUUCAUCACGGAAAUGGCACUCAGAACAUGUUCUAUGAAGAUCCAAACGUCUUAUACAUUUCGCUUCAUGUGUACGAAAAUGGAAAUUUUUAUCCAGGCCAACCUGACGAUCCUGAUCUUCCCGAUGGAGGGAUUGAUAAGGUUGGGACUGGAGCCGGCAUAGGCAAGAAUGUCAAUAUUGGUUGGCCCAGUCAGGGCAUGGGAGAUGGAGAAUACAUGGCAGCUUUUCAAAAGAUCGUCAUGCCAAUCGCCCAAGAGUUUGAUCCGGAUCUUGUCAUUAUAUCAGCGGGAUUUGACGCUGCUGCGGGAGAUGAACUUGGAGGAUGUUUUGUAACACCAGGCUGCUACUCUCACAUGACACAUAUGCUCAUGUCCCUAGCAGGUGGCAAAGUGGCUGUUUGCCUUGAGGGAGGUUAUAAUCUAAAGGCAAUUUCACGGUCCGCUCUUGCAGUGGCUAAAACUUUAAUGGGAGAACCACCAAUUAGACAACCAAUUCCACCAUUGAAUAGAGUCGCCGCCGAGGUCUUCGAAGAAGUCAAGUACUAUCAAUCUCCAUAUUGGGAAUGUAUGAGAUCUGGAGUCAUUGACUACAAGGAAGCAAAAUUUAAAGGAGCCAUCCGUCUGGAUGAUAUUGUUCGGAAUUACCAGAGUAAUGUACUAAGUAAGAACUAUCAGAUGGUUUCCCUGUGGGUUCAACGACAUCAACUCGCAAGAUCAUUUGAUCAUCAAGUUAUGGUCACUCCGUAUAUAAAAUCUGCGACGAAGAUAUUGUUAAUCGUCCAUGAUCCGUAAGCUCCAUCUUUUUUUUUUUCACGAUGUCCGUUAAUUAUCAUUUAGCCCGGAGCUACUGGCUACUCCCGAUCCACUUACAGCUAAAGUCGAGUUGCAUAACUCCUAUCUUGUAAGCCUUUCCCUUUCAUGCUCAAAGAACGCCUUAUUCAGCUAACCAAUUUAGGUCGACCCAGUCACUGAAUAUAUCGGCUGGGCCAUUGAAAAUAAAAUUGGUGUGAUGGAUAUUAACAUCCCACUGAAUACGGAAAUCUUUCCCCCUGCCACCGGUGGUUAUCAUCCUCGCUCGGGUAUCUUCGAACUUGAAAGUCAAAUACAAGAUUUGGUUGGCUAUAUCUGGGACAAUUUUAUUCAACUUUAUGAUUCGGAUAACAUCAUACUUAUGGGAGUUGGCGAUUCUUACCUCGGUAUUAAACAGUUACUCACCACCAGAGAUUGCCGCCCUCGUAUCGCAGGUGUACUAGCCUUUAUAACUGGUAGUCUUCGACCGGUCAAGAGCGAAACGGAUUCAACUCUGAGUAGUUGGUACAAGUCAAAUAGUGAAAUUUACGUUGCUGAUAAACAUGCCUGCUGGAAUGACGAGGAAAGUAUUAGAAAGGUAAGGAAGCAGCGCUUUGGGAAUGUGGUGCGUAGUGAGGAGACGGGUUUGGUGAAAAUGUUACAGAGGCAUCAAUCGAGUGCAAAGUCGUGGAUGUUAGGGAAGUUUGAGGAAAAAGCGAAGGAUGAUGAGGUGAUGACGAUGGAAGAUGAGAUUUCGGUGACCGACGUCGAUGGUGCUAAGAAAUUGGCGACGGGGGAUAUGCAAUUGAUGUGAUCGGGUUGGGCCUGAGAUAUACAGUUUGUGAGUCUGGAAGGGCGGGGACGUAUGUGCGGAUAUGAGCCAGUUCAACUGAGAGGUCAGGAAGAACUCGCAGUAGUUAUCAAGUUUGGUCAAAUGGAUAGGUACAGCCAUGUAGAAAGACUAGACUUUUCGAAACACGCAAUGCUAUUGGCCAUUGCAUCCCUUCAGGGGAUUUCUAGCUACUAUGGCCAACACAAGUUAGUUCAAAGGAUCGUCGUAUAUAUUCCUUUUUUUUACUUGAUUUGAAAGCGAUGCGCUCCAUAGGAAUACAUUCUUUGAAUGCAUAGUAUCAGGGAUUUAAUUAUUUUAGGUUGGGAAUGGAUGAGGGUUUCAC